UAGUCAAAAUUCAUUACUCGCUAUUGUAUAUCAAAUAAUAUUUCAUUGAAGAUCAACCUUAAGACGACGACAGGACAUUGGUGGCUCCUGUCAAAGGUUGAUCGAAUGGAUUUUAAUGUCAGUGAACGUAUCUUAUAAUAAGUUAAAUUGUGAGUGAUAAAACAAAAGUUUUAUCGUUAUCAUCUAUUCUUAGUGUGAAGUUUAAAAAAUAAAUACUUGUUUUCAAUGGCGCAGGAAGAUUCAACCAAGCCAAUUCCCAAUCAAUUUAAACUUUUACCAAAAAUAAUAAAUGGAGGAAUUGCCGGAAUUAUCGGCGUAUCUGUAGUUUUUCCUCUAGAUUUGGUAAAAACACGUUUACAAAAUCAAGUAAUUGGACCACAUGGCGAACGUAUGUAUAGCUCGAUGUUCGAUUGUUUUAAGAAGACUUAUAAAGCAGAAGGCUAUUUUGGAAUGUACAAAGGAUCCGGCGUAAAUAUUUUAUUAAUUACUCCGGAAAAAGCCAUUAAACUCACUGCCAAUGACACAUUUAGACAUUAUCUCUCCACUGGUCCUGGCCAGCAACUGCCAUUACAACGUGAAAUGUUGGCCGGAGGCUUAGCAGGAGCUUGUCAAAUAGUUAUUACUACUCCAAUGGAAUUACUUAAAAUCCAGAUGCAAGAUGCAGGUAGAGUUGCUGCAGCUGCAAGAGAAUCUGGAAAGACUGUACCAAAAGUAUCAGCGUUAUCUUUAACUAAGGAUCUUCUUAGACAAAGAGGAAUACUAGGACUUUAUCAAGGAACUGGAGCAACGGCACUAAGAGAUGUUACGUUUUCCAUUAUUUACUUUCCUUUGUUUGCUAGACUAAAUAAUCUUGGACCAAAGCGAGAAGAUGGAUCAUCUGUAUUUUGGUGUUCGUUUCUUGCUGGUUGUGUAGCUGGAUCCACAGCUGCAUUAUUAGUCAAUCCUUUUGAUGUAAUUAAAACAAGGUUACAAGCUAUUAAGAAAGCACCUGGUGAACCUACAUAUGAUGGUGUAAUAGAUUGCAUUAGAAAAACAUUUGUUAACGAAGGAACCGUUGCAUUCUUUAAAGGAGGUGCAUGCAGAAUGAUUGUCAUAGCACCAUUAUUUGGAAUUGCACAAACUGUUUACUACCUAGGAGUUGCAGAGUGGAUUUUAGGUUUAAAAUAAAAGAAAGUUAAUAUAUGUGCAAGCGGUACCAUUCAAUUACUCUGGGAAACCGACAAUAAUUGGCAUAGAAAUAUAUUUAAAUGUGUCGUUUAAAAGCUAUCUCAUUAACAUAUUACAUCUAAUGCUAUUAGAUUGUCGCAUAUUUCCAUAUCUUCUAUACAGCUGCUUGUCAUUUUCUUUGUAUAAUAAAGAACUACAAAUGCAUAUUUUGUAGUUCAAAAUGAUCGAAGUUACUUCUAAUGUAUAGCUUAUAUUAUUUAAUCGAAUCACAGCUUCUAUCAUGCACCAAAAGCAAGUUGAACUUUGUACUGAUUUUGAGAAAUAUUAUAUGUAUGUAUACGUGUAUAUAUAUAUGUGUGUGUGUGUGUAUAUAUAUAUAUAUAUACACAUACA